CCCUCUCUCUCUCUCUUGGUAAAAAAAAAAAAAAGGAAAGAAGCCUCUUCAAUGUGGUACGUGGUAGUGCUCGCAGCUACAGAUUAGCAAGUGUGUGUACAACGGACAUGGAUUCCCACUGCUUGUCCCUGGAGUUCUCCAAGUCCAAUUCGAAAUGGAGAUCGAACAGACCCUGCAAGACCCUAAAAGACAAGCUCUUCAUGUCAUCCUCAAUUCAUUUUCCUCUUUUUUCCUCUCAUUCUGCUCUAUCAAAAGAGUUCGAAGUUAAAUCCCACGCGCAACAUACGAGCCUGCAAGACAGUACAGCAAAACACACAACCCUUCUUGUGGAAACCUUCCAUGAAAACCGGAGUCUGAAAGCUUUACUUGGGAAGCUCAGCCGGAAGAACUCAAACCCUUUACAAAUUCUGCAAGAUGACGGAGAUUGGAGCAAAGACCAUUUCUGGGUAGUCAUGAGAUUCCUCAAAGAGACCUCUCGGUCUAAAGAGGCUCUUCAGGUGUUCGAUUUGUGGAAAAACAUAGAGAAGUCCCGAAUCAAUGAAGUUAACUAUGGGAAGCUUAUAGAGUUACUAGGUGAGGUAGGUCUAAUGGACGAAGCAGCAUCCCUGCUUCGAGAUAUGAAGAGUAAUGGCCUUAGUCCAUCUUUGGGAAUCUACAAUACCCUUAUUCACGGUUUUGCUCGAAAAGGGAAGUUUGAUAAUGCCUUAUUUUAUUUUGAGGAGAUGGAGGAGAUUAAGUUGAAGCCCCAAACCAAAACCUUCAAUGGGCUUAUUCAAGCUUAUGGGAAUUACAGAAUGUAUGAUGAGAUGAAUAGUUGUGUAAAGAGAAUGGAAUUGGAAGGUUGUGUCCCUGAUGAUUUUACUUAUAACAUACUAAUCAGGGAGUUUGCGCAAGGUGGGUUGAUUAGAAGGAUGGAAAGUGUGUAUAGAACUCUCCUUUCAAAUCGGAUGGGUUUACAAUCUUCAGCUUUGAUUGCAAUGCUGGAGGUUUAUGUGAACCUAGGGAUUCUAGAGAAGAUGGAGAAGGCUUAUAGGAAGGUUUUGAAUACCAAGACUCCUCUAAAUGAGGGUUUGAUCAGGAAAUUGGCUAGAGUUUAUAUUGAGAAUCACAUGUUAUCUCGAUUAGAGGACCUAGGACAUGAUAUUGCUUUGAGAAAAGGGAGAACUGAUCUUUUUUGGUGCUUGCGGAUGCUUUCUCAGGCUUGUCUUUUGAGUCGAAAAGGCAUGAGCUUUAUUGCCCAUGAGAUGGAAAUAGCCAAGUCUUCUUGGAAUAUAACAGUUGCUAACAUUAUGGCACUAGCUUAUUUGAAGAUGAGAGACUUGAGGCUGUUGGAUGCAUUACUCUCAGAUAUUCAAACGAAAUCUGUCAAACCUGAUAUAGUAACUAUUGGUGUCUUCUUUGAUGCUGAUGAUGUUGGCUUUGAUGGGAUGAGAGCUUUAGAAGUAUGGAGAGGUAUGGGGUUAUUAGAAGAAUCUGUGGCAAUAGACACUGAUCCUCUGGUCCUCGCUGCUUUUGGUAAGGGGCAUUUUCUUCGAAGUUGUGAAGAAAUGUACUCAUCCCUUGGACCUGAAGCAAGAGAUAAGAGAGUCUGGACUUAUCAUGAUCUGAUUGAAAAUGUGCUGAAACACAAUGGAACAAAGCCCUACUUCCUGGGAGCUAAAACGGAUUGAGUCUCUUCUUCCCACUGUGAACUCCUUCAGAACAGAUAGUUGGAGGGGAAUCGGAUGAUAUGAUAUGGAUGAGCACUCACAUAUGUUGCCAAAAGACAUUCGGGAUGGAAACUACCUUCUCAGGAUGCUUCUUUGUGUUUCCCUUUUGGGAACCAUCUAUGUAUACAUGUUUUUGGCAUGCCUGCAAUAUUAAAGACAAUAAAUUUGGUUCCAUUACAUUCUCCAUUAUAAUUAGAAGGAAAUGCAGAAUUAGGAAAAGAAAAACAGUGACAUGGAAAUGGGGUAAAGACUGGAAGGUACUACCUUUAAAAGCCAGGCAGAGGAAAAGGAAUAAUAUUUCGUGGCAAAAUUUGGAGCACUUUGAAACCUUGUGGCUGCCUACAGGAAAACAAGUAAAAUAGCAUGGUAUAUGCAGCAAACCCUCACCUAGAAGACACGAUUUAGACCUGCAAUCUCCUCUUCCCUCAAGUGGCCAUAGUGCAGUAGCUCUCGAAACAACUCGACCAUCUCUGCUUUCACAUUACUGGCUGAAAGGUUUUCAAGUAUACCGGAAAUACAGGAACCAUCAAUUUUCAAGUAUACCAGAAAUACAGGAACCAUCAAUUACAGAUCUCAUCCAUGUAUGCACGUGGCCUAGUCUUAACAAUGCAAGGACUAUUUGGGUUGCAGGCCUGUGAUUUAAGAAUGAUCUUGAUGCCAAACCUGGGACUUCCAAAGACAAUGCCAACUCCUCCAUGACCAAUCUACACCUCUUAUCAUCCCUCAUGACUCUUUGUCUCUUGCAUCCCCAGCGUCUCCCAUCCCAUGAUCAUAGACAAACAAACAGCACAGUUCAUGGAAAUUCUAGUAUCAGCAUAGAAAAUCAGGCCUUCCAGAACAGCCGUCGCAGAUUUCAAGUAUCCCAUAGAGCAAUUUUAGCUCGUCAUGUUUGGUAUGUCUCUGAUCUGAAAUUCUGGUAAACAAUUCCAGCAAACAAUGUGAAGCAACAAGUUUCAGUGGACAAGACCCAAAGUGUACCAGUCUGCAUAAGUCAUGGACUCUAAUGCGUAUGCAUGGUUGUUGCUCAGUCCCAUUGGAUGCCUUAAGAAAACCUUGCCACUCGACAGUCCCCGCUAGAAUAAAAUACAUACUGAAUGGAAACACAUAUAGGUUUUCAGUGACAAGAAACACUUUUGUUAUGCCAAUAGCGAUGCACUGACCUUAAAGAGAAUAAGUAUAGGAAAAAAAAAAAAAAAAACAAAUGUCUGUUUGUUGUGCUUGUUUCUUCUUCAUGAUGAAUUGAAGCAGUGCCCUUUUGAGCAAGCAGCAUUAAUUAUGUUGUUAAUUGGGGUGACCAAGGAAGUACUCAUAACUAUGGAAUUUGAAGCUUCUGGGAGCGCAUGGUUGGUGGAGUGAUGCAAGAUCGAAGUAAGGAUGCCAGUUUCUUUGAGCUUAUCAUGGUUGCAUGUGUGCACUCAUAGCGGUGAUGAAAAAUUCCAGCAUAUACAGAAGAAUGGGAAGUCUGAUUAGUUUCUUAAAGUUGCUGCUAAAAAUCAAACUAAAAUGAAUCUAAGUUAUCUUCACAGCCACAGGAAGCCAAGCUUCAUCAUCGAAGAUGGUUUUGGGCUGCAGUGACCAUAGGGUGUUGAAGAUAAGAAGUGCACUUGUCACAGUUUUGAGGUGAAACAAAAUAGGUUGAAUAUUCAUUCAUGCUGUUGAUUGCAUUGCCAAUGUCAUACAAGCAUAACCUGCCCAAAGCAGCUGGACAUAUGUGGAGGAUUUCAAUGAUGCAGUUCAUCACCAAAGUAAUCUCAUGUUCCUGGCCGCCUUCCUCUUGUAACUGCUUCAGUAAACAUACCAGAAGUGCUGUUCCGACGUUAUGUUCUGCUGCUACCAGUGCCACAAUCACUUUUAAAUCUAUCGACCAGUUGUUAAUUCCAUGGCCGAUGAUCUGGUUCCCAUUCAUGCUAUUGAGUCUGCAAAAGUUCAAUACCCGAUUAGACAUGGGUCCAGAGAUUUUAUCCUGUUGAAACAACCAUUUUAUUGCUGUUUGGUGGAUUCUCGAACUGAACAGGUUCCAGUCCUCUUCAAGUAUUAAUGGAGGAGAAGCUUCUCAGCCUCUGGGCCACUGGGCCACUGGGGAUUUGGUAGCUCAUCUUGGCAAUGCCCCUAAAUAAGCCAUACAGAUGCAUCAGUUGGGUCAAUGAUUGAAUAGAAAAUUACUGCUAUUGAUGAGAAUAUAUUGCUCUAAAGAAGCUAAAACCUGCUUCUCAUUUGCAAGUCUGUGGAGAAGAUACAUGUUUCAUUAAAAGAAGAGCAAUAAGUUUAAAAAUCCCUUAGAACAAAUGUAGACAGAUGAUGAUGGCUAUUGAGUUCCAUUACCUUUCAUCAUACAGAGGGUUUGCAUUCAUUGCCUAGAACUCUCAUAAAUAACUUUUCUGAACAUCAGAUAUACUCUUAAUUU